AUGACUGCGGCGGGGAUUCCGGAUCUGCUGCUCCUCAUCUGCUGCCUCCUGCCGCCCGCCGCCGCUGCUGCUGCCGAGCUGCUCCAGAAUGAUGAUCCAGCAUCCGGACAGCAGCUGAACAGCAGUGGGCCGCAGGACACACAACACACACUCUCGUACCCCUCGCGCCUUAUCUACUACCUGCACGAGAACUCAGAGAGCACAUACCAUGAUCUGAACACACACGCCAAAACAACUGACCCGCGAGCACAGGAGGCUCAUCUCGCUCAGACUUCAUUUCAACUUCAAGCCUUUGGAUCACAGUUCAUCCUAGACCUCACGCUAAACAAUGACCUGCUGUCUUCAGACUAUGUGGAGAUUCACUAUGAGGAGGAGAAGCCCGUCCUGUGGAAGGGUGGAGAACACUGUUAUUAUCAUGGUCAGAUCAGAGGGGUUGAGGACUCUCGUGUCGCUCUCUCCACCUGUAAUGGUUUACAUGGCAUGUUUGAUGAUGGAGUUCAUCUGUACACAAUCGAGCCGCUGAACCAGACACACACAAUUGAGGGAACAGCGAGAGCACAUGUGUUACACAGGACUGACCUUCAGCAGAGCCCGUCUGCACGAGAGGAAGGCAUGGAGGAGGAUUUCUCCUGGCUUCGGCGGAGGAAAAAGCGAGCUAUACCGAGGAACGUGUUUGAGGAGAUGAAGUACAUUGAGUUGAUGAUUGUCAUUGACCACAACAUGUUUAAGAGACUGAAGACCAAGCAGCACACACGCAACAAUGCCAAAUCUGUGGUCAACCUGGUGGAUGCUAUUUUCAAAGAGCACCUGAACACGCGGGUGGUCCUGGUCGCUGUGGAGAUCUGGACAGACAAGGAUCGCAUUCCCGUUAGUGUGACCCCCUUCGAAAUGCUGCGAAACUUUUCCAAAUACCGACAGCAGCACAUCAGGCAGCACGCGGACACAGUUCAACUAUUCUCGAACGUGACGUUUCACUAUCCUCGGAGCAGCGCAGCGUAUUUUGGAGGGAUGUGUUCAGCGAGUCAUGGAGUCGGAGUCAUUGAGUAUGGCACUCAGUGGACAAUGGCGCUCCAGCUGUCACAGAGUUUGGCACAGAAUCUUGGCAUUCAGUGGGAUUCAGCAUCGAAGAGAAAGGACUGUGGGUGUGUGAACUCCUGGCCAGGCUGCAUCAUGGAGGACACUGGAGUCCAGCACCCGCGAGCGUUCUCCAAAUGCAGCAUCGUCAGUUUUAAAGAGUUCCUGCUGAAGGGAGGAGGAUCCUGUCUCUUUAACAAACCUAGCAAGCUGUUUGAAGACACUGAGUGUGGGAAUGGAUAUGUGGAAGUGGGAGAGGAGUGUGACUGUGGACCGAGAGACGAGUGCUAUAAGGACUGCUGUAAGAAGUGUUCUCUGUCAAACGGUGCUCACUGCAGUGACGGGCCCUGCUGUAAUAACACAUGUCUGUUUUAUUCUCGAGGGCACACGUGCCGCUAUGCAGUAAAUGACUGUGAUAUUUCAGAGACGUGCACAGGAGACUCGGGGCUGUGCCCUCCCAAUCUGCACAAGCAGGACGGUUACUUUUGCUCUCUCAACCAGGGUCGCUGUUAUGCCGGCGAGUGCAAGACGAGAGACAGUCAGUGCAAAUAUGUGUGGGGUCCAAAGGCUGCGAGCUCAGAGAAGUUCUGCUAUGAGAAGCUGAACACCGAGGGCUCAGAGAAGGGCAACUGCGGUCCGGAUGGAGACAAAUGGACACAGUGCAGUAAGCAUGAUGUGUUUUGCGGGUUUCUGUUGUGCACAAACACCGGCCGAAUCCCACGGAUUGGCAUUAUAAAGGGAGAAAUCACUCCCACCAAUUUCAACCAUCAGGGCCGACUGAUCGACUGCAGCGGUGCACAUGUCCUGCUGGACGAUCAGACUGAUGUUGGUUAUGUGGAGGACGGGACUCCCUGCGGUCCAUCUAUGAUGUGUGUGGACAGAAAGUGUCUUCCUAUUCAGUAUCUAAACCUGAGCUCCUGUCCCAAUGGACCCAACGGACACGUGUGUUCCAGUCACGGGGUGUGCAAUAAUGAGGCGACGUGUACAUGUGACACAACGUGGGCCGGGAUGGACUGCAGUCUGGCUGACCCUCCAAAAGAGCCAGAACCCGAUGAAGAUGAAGGACCUAAGGGUCCCAGUGCCACCAAUCUGAUCAUAGGGUCAAUUGCCGGAGCCAUCCUGGUGGCAGCUAUAGUCCUGGGCGGGACGGGAUGGGGGUUUAAGAAUGUCAAACGGCGAGGAUACGACCCGAAUGCUUCUGCCAUCUAGUGGACUGAGGGAACACUCCGAUCUCCAGAGCUUCUGUUGGGUUGCUGUUUUUGCUAUACUUGAAAACAUCACAUGUAAUAAGGAAUAAUUCAGCCAACAGUACCUUGGUUAUGUAGCUCCGCCCACUUUUUAUAAGCUCCACCUUUAAUUAUUUACCAGUCAGCCAAUUGGGCUUCACAAUAGCCAGGCUUUAGCACUUGUUGGAAGGAUUUGCAUGGCUACUGCACAUAUUCUGCAGAAUAUAGCGCUAGAAAUAAACUUUGAAGACAGCAAUAAUGUUGCCAACAUCAUCUCAGACCCCUACACUGUAAAAAGCGAUUAUUUAUUUUACGUAACGUGAGCAAACCCGUUGUUUUAAAACGCGUUAAGUUGACUUUUUACUUAAAAAAUUAGUAAACCCAUCAUAACUUAGAACCUAUUAAGUAGAUUUAACUUAUUUUUUAUAAUCAUGAACUAUACACAUAUAAGAGGUUGGACAGUGGAACUGAAACGACUGGUUUUAGAUCACAAUAAUUCAUCAGUAGGGUGUAGGGGCUCAUUUUGUAGCAAAUACAGCAUCAGUUGGUCUUGGGAAUGGCAGAUAGCAGUCCUGCACAGCGGCCAGAGGGUUUUUUGCAGAGUAAAAGUGUGUGAUACUGGUUGGAGGAAAACCUUAUCCUGACUUGCUCCUCCAAAAUACGCCACAGUGGCUCAAUAAUGUUUAGAUCUGGGUACUGUGCAGGCCAUGGGAGAUGUUCAACUUCACUUUCAUGUUCUUUAAACACUCUAUCACCAGUCCUGCUGUGUGUAUUUGUGCAUUAUCAUCCUGAUACACGCCACCGCCUUCAAGGCCCGUUCACACCGGGACGAUUUUUGCUUGUGUUUUUCGUCAACGUUCAAUGCCUCGUAACUAAACAAAGGACACUAAUGUGAUCAUGCACCAACGCGCAACACGCCAGGCGUGACAUUUUUAAAGAAAUGCCUUAUGCUUGUUUUUUGUUUUGUUCUAACGCGCCACGUCAACAACUUCUCCACCAAUCAGAUAGCCACUUUUGUUCAUGUGCCCGGAGCUGCUGAAGUAACAGUAAACACCACUUGGAGGCGCUCAAGCGCAAAACAGUUGAGGUGAUUCCAGUUUCACUCUAAUUCAAUGAAGAAGAUAAUGCACCAAUAAAACUGUAUAGCUGCGUCCCAAAUGGCACACUAUACACUAUGCACUCAUGCACUCA